CGGUUCGGCUGUGUUGUUGCAUGUGUUUUCUGAUAAAAUCGCAAUUACGCUUGUCUUUAAGCAAAGCAUUAAUAUUUUAUCUUUGUUCAAAAUCAAGAAUUUCUAUUAGAACCGCUUUGCCAGUUGUUGUUUUUUGAAUAAAACUCGUUCUUUUUUGUGAAGUGAAGUUUAAUAUACUGUUUUAACUCGACAUGCCCCGCAACGAUAAUGGUAAAAUGUCGGUCGAACAGCAGCAACGUAUUCAACCAGGCCGGGUGAUGAUUAUCCUCAUGGAUCCGCUGGUUAUGGACGAUGUCGUGAUACAGGUGGUAAAGCAAAUCGGUAAAGUCAAAAAUAUGCACCGACCAGCCAGUAACCCGCAGUUGAUUUUCGUGCAGUUUGAAGAUCCUGAAUGCAGCACAAAGGCAAUUGAAAUACUGCGUAAUUAUCCUAUAUUCAAAAGUGUUGGUCCAGCAAUAAGGUCUGAGAGAUACGACAGUUUUAAGGAUAACAGCCAAGCAAAUCAAUCCAGAGGCAGUACAGGCGGAAAAUCCAAAGGAAAUCGUCAAAACUACCAAAAUAAUCAAAGAGGCGGUGAAAGUAACCACGUUAACGGUAACAAUUACAGUAAUGGUAACAACUAUCAGGGCGGCAACGACGUACUAUUUCAACAAGCAGAUAGAGAAUUCUCAUCCCAAAAACCAGUGGAGGAAUCGGCCGAAUCACAGCCCGAGAUUCCACUAGGCUGCUGGUUCUGUACGAAAAUGCCCAACUUCGAAUGCCAGUGCGGUGCUUACUAUUGUGAUGUUAGCUGCCAACGUGCGGAUUGGGCAAAGCACAAAGCUUUUUGCAUGCCCCGCCUGGUGCCGAUAUCUUACUCAAAUAAGCGCAUGCUUCAGGAGGCCACAGCUUUUAAGCUGAACUCCACUGCCUCCAGUUCCACGUAUUCGCCUGUAGUACAGGAUACCAAUCUCAAUCAGCAUCAGUCAAAAGGUGCGCCAGACAACAACUCUUUUAAUAACAAUAACAACAAACGUGGUGCCCAAAAUGCUCCUAAGAAGAACUAUUCUAACGCUGCUAAUAAAAAUCUUAAUAAAUCACAAUCGAGCAAUGGUUCCGAUGACUAUCUGGAUGUUGGUAAAAAUCAACAGCAGUCGCCACCGAAAACGAAUAAUUCGCCAGAUAAUGCCAAUAAAAUGAAUCAAUUGGGUGGCAAACUGCAGCGUCUUAAGCUAGCAAAGUCAGCCAUCAAGGAACGUAUUCUUCAGCCGGGACCACUUCCUCGUACCGGUAGUAAAGUUAAAAUAUCUGCAUCUCUUCCCAGUGGAUUUAUCUACAUUUACCAUAAUAAUGCUGAACACGGGGACUCUAGUGACUAUCAUAAAUUGGGAAACAAAAUUUAUCAUGCAUCGAAGGAAGCGCCGGCGCUGAAGGAAAUUCCGCAUGUUGAUGAUGUGAUUUUUGCUCCCUACAUGGGUGGGUUUUACCGUGCAAAAGUACUGCGCAUACAGGAAGAUCAAUUGGAAGUCCAGUUCGUCGAUUUUGGCAACACUGGUGCGAUUCCGUGGAAAACUGCCAAGGAAAUCGCUGAUCAAGAUCUUAAGUGGGCCAAAUACUUGACAUUCCCAGUCCAAUUGGAAGGUAUUGAAAUGUUUAGUAAGGAACAAAAACAGCUCCUGGACGAAUGCGAAGAGUCAGUUGAGUUUGAACUGGUUAAAGCCAGCAGCAUGCGUGACUCCGAAAUGCAACAGGUUGUGCUAAAGCGGUUGAAGGAGACAGUCACGUUGAACAUGCAACUAGUUGAGUUAAAGGAAAAUCUACUCCGAGAAAAAAAGCAACAGCAGGAGCAGAAAGAACGAGAGAGAUCGGAUAAGGAUCGUGCUGCUGAAAAGCAAACGAAAGAUGUGUCUCUGAAGAUAGCAGAUCCUAGUGAUUAUACUCCGGUUUUGUAUGACGAAUCAAUUGAAACCAAGCAGCUCACAUUGGACUCCAAACAGCGAAUGAUGAUCAUUGACGCCAGCGAAAUGUUGGAUACGCGCAUCAUCUCGGUUAUCGGGUGUGAAUAUAUCGAACAGUAUGCUUUGGUAUUGCAAAACUGUCUGAAGCUCGGACCGCUCGAUCCAAACCCAUACCAGCCCACAAAGGAGGGUGAAGUAUGUCUCGUUUUACACGAGUCCGACUGGAGCCGGGCACUGUACGACAUAACUGAGGGUAAUUUUAUGCUUCUUGACGUGGGUAUAAUUGCCAGCAUUCAACCGGCCAACGUCAGACGUUUCCCUCCUACUUUGAGCAAAAUUGUCUAUAAUAACGAGGUCAUCGUUGAAAAUUUGCCUGUGCUGAAGACAAUGAUGGUCAAUGGUAAACCGGAUAGUAUCCACGGUAAGGUGAUCGAAGCAUGGGUCGCUAAUUCGGACGAUGGAGUCUGCGUGCGGAUCGUUCCCUGAUUUGGAUAGGUAUCUCAUCUGUUUUCUGUUUUGGAUGGAAAACAAAAACCAACAACCUUUAACCGUUACUGGGAUGGUAAAGUUUUUUAAGUAUUAAGUGACCUAGUGCGACAAUUUUAUUUUUCUUUGAAACAUUUUUUGCCCAACUACCUAUUUGUAUUGAUCGAAAGCUGUUAAUAUCUUUCAAAAUUUUAAGUAUUUUUUAUGAAUGUUAACUGCUUGAUAAUAAUCAACGAACAUCGACAACAUGAUUAUUUCAAAUAGGCAUCUGAAGCACUGUUCAAAUUUAAACCUCGAAUGUACACUGUCUAGUUUUUGUGCUUUCUCUAUUACUACAUAUAUCAUGCACUGUGCAAGGAAUGCUGACUCGUGAGAAUCCGUUGAAUAUUUGUUUACAGCUACCUUUCUUUUCUGUAAAGCUCUACUCAAGAUGCAAUUAUUUGCAUGGUUAUUUCCUGCAGACAGCCUAUUUAUAUAUCCUUCAUCCAAGGGAAAUAAUGAGCUUCAAACACUGAAAACAUCAACUACGCGAAAUAGUCAGGUCCGCUCAGUUUUUCAAACCAAUCAAAAGGCUAAAUUUUAACAAAGGUUUGACCAUAUCAGCUAACGAAUGUUCACCAUGUUUGUUUCAAUGGUGAACUUUAGUAAUUUUGCAAUACUAGAAAACAGGGAUGGUUCGAUCACUUUGACUCAAUUUUGAUUCAUUUGACAGUACCCUCUCAGCCGACCCAAAUAUGACGAAUUUAUGUACGAGACAUUUGUAGAACUGGUUCUUAUCUACAAUUUUACUGAAAAAGGUUCUGCUGUAUCUUUUGUAGUUACGGUGCUACAAUGCUAGUAACUCAUCAGUGACUAAAUGAACGUUCAUUUAGUCAAUAAUAAGAUACUAGCAUCGUAGCACCGUAACUACAAAAGAUACAGCAAAACUUUAUUUAACAAAAUUAUAGAUAAUAGCUUGCUAUACAAAUGUCCCAUAUAUAACUUUGUCAUAUUUGGAUCCGCUGAGACGGUACUGUCAAAUGAAUCAAAAUUGAGUCAAAGUGAUCGAACCAUCCCUGCUAGAAAAUAAGCUUUGUACUUUUUUCAUUAAGGUUCAAACAAGCGUCAUUGAUUUCUGGGAUUUCAAAACCAGUUUUUAUGCUCAAAACCAAAAGAUUUGUCCAUGAAAAUUUAUCAUCGUGUUCGGAAAGACGCAAAAAACACAAUGAUAAAAUUUGGGGAACAUAUCUUUUGUUUUAAACAAAAACUGCUUUUGAAAUACCAGAAAUCAAUGACGCAUGUUUGAACCUUAAGUAAGCUUUUUUUUUCAUUCUGGUUACUAUGCGAGUGCCAUAGCAAUGGUAAAGUGUUUUAUGAAAAAGAAUCUGUUCGUUGAAGCAAGAACUUGAUACCGACCUAGCUGUUUUGUUUGCUUUUACUUUUUCUUUUCUCUAAAUUUAACUCUACUUAAACCUAGUAGUAACAGCGUUAUUCAGAUUCCUAAAGCUGAACAUGUUUCCAAACUUUCGCUGCAUUAGCAUUUUGCACAUGUGGUGCUUAAUAACUAAUCGAGCGGAUGUGUCGCGCUAUGAACUAAUCGCGCUACGAAAUGUGUGAAAUUCUAAAUCAUCAAAAAAUGUGCACCUUUACAUCGAGUCUGGAUGUGCGGUGGUGCUAUGAUAAAUCUUGUAUUUUGCGGUAACUUGGUAACUUGAUGCCCUGUAUUCUCCGAAUUACUUCGUUUCGUUCGGUUAAUACUAUACCGUUUCAUGCGGUUCAAAUUUCGGCAGAAAGCCACUAUUUUAACCAGAUUAUAGGCGACAAAAAUACGUGCCUGGUUGGAAAAUUGUCGUCACUUACGGUGUCACUUGUUUCUUGCUCAAAUUAAGGGUCGGACGCCGGUGCCCUUCUGUCUUCGCCUAUUAGUUUGUUCUCUUCAAUGAGAACAUUAACAGGGCUUUCAUUAAACUCUGCCCAAAAGGUCCUGAUGGAAAUAUGAAUGCUGCAAUCACUGUUUGCAUAGCUCUCGGGAAGUUAUGAUCAAAGAUCUCAUGUGGUAAACUAACCGCUCUAGGGAUAGGAACAUUCUGGUUAGAUAACACUCUUCAAGUUGCUGUCGGAAAACAGGCGUGAGAGUGUUAUAGCAUUCGAACCAGUAGAUCUUGCCUCAGACACUAAUCCGUAAGUCUGCAUCAGGCGCCUAAUUGCGGUAACACCAGUGGUAUUGCUACGCUUUGUUAUCUUUUCAAGAUUACUGUCUCCGGUUAAAAAUAAAACAACUUCAGAGUCAUUUUGCGGAUCUGAGCGACCGCCAGACCUGCCUUUCUUAGAAAAGUUGUUCACUAGAGUAAUCACAUUUAAUCCCUGGUAUUCAUAUAAAUACCAGUAAAUAAAUAUUGUGCACAGACCAAUGUAAAUUAUUCGAUGAAUGGUUUUUCUCAAAAAUAUACUGCAGUAGUACAACAGAAGCGAGCAUUUAGGUUCAUGCGACGAACCUCUGUGCAGUCGGUUUGAAAAGGAUUUUUCAUAUGUUCGAUUUUCGUUUUCUCUUAGCUUUUGGUCAUUCUUUUCCCCGGGAGGCUGACUCCGAAAUCAGUCAAGGACACUCUAAAAUCAUUUGCGGUCAUUUUUAGGUGGAAACUGGACUCGGCCAGUGAUGAAAAUCCACCGUCACAUUUGUCUGUUCUCGUAAGUUCCUAAACUGCUGUUUUUAAAUGCCAAGUCUGUAGUGUAGGUAAAGUUUUCCGACGACACCAUACGGAGUAUAGCGCAACGUGUUUAAGUCUGCCAACCAACUAGAGAUAAAAAAGGAACCUUUCCCUGCGAGAGUCUCAGGCCGGGCAACCGUUAAUCCCGGGGGGUGGAGCAGGCAGACCUGUUACAAUGUAUUAUGAAUUUUAAUUGGCUAUCGUUAAAUUAGUUUCUAUCGAAGUUAGAUAUCUCCACAAAUUCUUUAUUCCUGUAUCGAACCAAAUCGUUGGGCUGAAUAUUGUAACUUUCGUCUGACAGUCACAGCUAACAUUUCUAUAACAACUGACACAUUUUCGUGCAUGCAAUAGGUGCUCUUGCAUUUUAUUCCCGUUGCACAGCACGUCAUCUAUCGACCGCCAACCACGGUAUAUAUACCUAUAUAGAUUUAAUUCAAUUCCCAGGUCUCUGGUGGCUGUCUCUAUAAAAUGCCAACAAUUGGCAACCCAUGGUCAUAGUAAAGGCCAUUUGCAGUGGUCGGAUAACCGAGCGAAAUGACAACAGUAAUCAAAAAUGGGAAUAAACUUGAGAAUUUUUUUUUAAUAAUUGACUUAAGCGAUCUGAGGAUUAAGAAUAACGUUCAGGUACAUACGUUAAAAAAAUCAUCGUUCUGUAAAUUUCAAAACAUCAACAAUUUUUCUAACUUAAAACAAAAAACUGGGCCAGAUGUUGCGUUCCUGGAGUCUCUACCGUUACUCUUUUUAGCCGUCACCAGAUACGUAGGGCCUUAUGGACACCUACGGGAAAUCUGCUUAAAUUAAAGGAAACGCCGAGUUCCACAAGGCUGUCGAUCUUAACGGAAGUCGACCAGCUGAAAACCAGCUGUUUACUUUUUGUCGAUACAUUAAGUCUUAUACUACGGCCCUAAUUAUCGUGGCCCUGCGCUAUCUUACUACUAUCCUAUGCCGUCGGGGUACCUCCGACGGGAAUCUGACAAGUUAAGUGCUUUGCACCAGUAUCGAUCAAGAAAGGGAAAUCGCCAAUAGGGGUCUUAAAGUUUAUGUACGGCUUUCCCACUCUGGGUUCCAGUCUAAAAAAUGGGCGGAUUCUUUUGCUUCAUCAUUGUUAUCGGUCUGUUCGCUUUCGUUAUUUUGUCUGUCCGGUGGUGUUUUGUCCUUCGUUAUCUUUCAAUGUACGAUCGUAAUAAUGUUCAUAGCCAUAGUAGUAGUCAUUAUUGUAAUAAUCAUCGUAAUAUUCUCGAGGAUCAUAUCGUCUACAGGAUGCGCUUUUCUUUUGUACUGCUGCUGUUGCUGUGAGGAUGAUGGAUGCGGACGUUUGAUUACCGCUAUCGGUCUGGGGUUUGGAUUUUGGUUCUGUGUAAAAUGGUUAAAACGAAAAGCAAAGCUCGGUCGAUUACCGUAACACUCUAACACUCGGGUCCACAUCCAUAAGCUCUGGUCUAGAAAGCCCUGGAUUUUGAUAAAAUUGGAUUUGGAUUGGAUGCCCAACCCGCAUUAUAAGUUUCUUUAACAGAUCCAAAUCGGUAUAGCGUUACACCCUUCCUGAUCGCUUGUCACGGUUAGACAUGCAAUAUGAUCAUUUUACGAGGUGAACGCGGCAAUUACCAACCAACAGCAACUCGCGACUGAGUGCCGUUUCAUAAAAAAUUAAGGGUUUCAUCUUUGGUCUAUCGGCUACAAACAGUUGUUGGGUCGAAUAAGGAUUACCGUGCAAGCACCAUAUUCAAAACAGUGCGUAAUUCCGAACGGUUGCAAAUUUUUCAUAAAUAUUGACAUAAUUCUAGCUAUUUAAACUAUUUAAUCACAACAUCUGAUGAUUUCAUAUUAUUAAAAUGGUUUAAAUAGCUAGAGUUCUAUCAACAUUUAAGAAAAAUUUGCAACUAUUCAGAAUUAGGCACUGUUUUGAAUAUGGUGCUUGCACGAUAUCUAACGAUUUGUUCGGUUAUUGAUUCAUUUGUCUGCAGCGAGUAAUUUUUUAUUGGACCCAGUAAGAUUAAUAUACUAAUCGAAAUGUUGCGCUUCAUAACUACUGUAUUGCUUAAACUCUAUAAAAUGGUGUUGAAAUUACACAAUAGAGACUCCUUGGUUGGCAUCAAUCCAGCUCUUUGCUUCAUUCCGCAAGAAUUCACCCAUUGUGCCAACACGUCGGGCUUGGAUUCUUGAUAAUUUGUAGGAGAUAGAAGCCCGAAGUCGUUUGGGGAGCUUUCCCUUAGCCCUGAUCAUGUACACAAACCAUUUAUCUGGCCUCCUGCUGUCUGGCUCUGCCAGGAACCGUGAACAGUCGGGAGGUAGGAAUUCAACGUCCAAGGGAAUUUCUCCCUCAUCCUCCUCGGUUUCCAUAGCGACAUCCUAAUCACGUCGGGGUUUUUGGUAUUUUUUGGAAUUCCUUUGAUUAAUUAGGAUUGCGGACCUGAGCCUCAAACUCAGCGGGUGAGCUCAUUGCGUAGCCCGCAACAUACCCCGUUCUGAAUGGCAUCUAAAAGUCCCUUGUAGUCGACAUUUCUCGCGUUUAGAGAUUGUGUAAAUCCAAGUUUGCUCCGACAGUGUGUAUAAAUGUGUGUAUGGAUGGAUUAGUAGUCAUAAAGUAGGGGUUUCUGGUCGCCAAGUUUAGUGCCUCGAAGUAUGGUAGGUAUGAGUCUACCUGGUCCACUUCAUUGUCGGGCUUUGCAAUUCUCUCGAUGUCCUCUCCUCCUUAUUGGGUCCAUUUCACUGCUAUCGGGAGGGAAGAGGCAGUGAGUUUCUUUAACAGAUCCAAAUUCUCGAUUCCGGCACAGUUCCGGAAUCUUCCCGAGCCUUUCAUUUGUAUCAAGAUCCAUUGUCUGUGUGACCCCAGAUAAUUCAGUCACAGAAACUUCUUGGGUUAAUAACGAGCGUGGAGUUACUACUGCCACCUUUACUCCGAUCUUAAUUUUGAAACUAGACUAGAGUCCCCUUUAGGUGUGCAGCUACAUCCUACAAAUAUUGGCAUGCCAUGGGAAGUGACAAGCUCAGUUCAGAAACACCCUUAAGGACUAACAUCUCCAGUCAAGAUAGGUGAAAAUAAUUUCUUGGUGCCCGAAAAAUGAAUCGAGUUAGACAAUCGGUUCCAUUAUGAAUGUGUUCUGCGCUGACACUGAUCCAGAAAGCGUACUGUAUUCUGAGUUAUAGUUCAGGGCAAAAUCUAAUAAGUCUGCGAAAAUACUGCAACUGGCAGUCCAUCCGUAUCAGGAUACCAACAAUCUAAAGCCAUCGUACCGAUAAAGUCGGGUACGCCCGUUGAACUUGUUUAUGGUUAUAUAGGUACGAACGAGGUGAUAAGAACAAUUUAAACUACGCGAACUAUGCGACAAAAAUACAAAAAAUCAAGUUUUUGAGAUGCACGCGAAAGCGAAGCCUAAUCUAAUUUAAUUCAAAGACGCCGAGUCACGGGCAGAGGCUGGGCACUUGGCUUGCUCUUGCAGUUAUUCAUCGCCAACUACAGUGAAAGUGACGAACUAACCGUUCUAGGAAUGGAACAGGGUCGUAUUUGGUUACAGCAGGCCGAGUAGAAGUGAAGGACUACGGAGCGGGUGGAUGUAUCCUCGCCGUCGGCAGUUGGGGGCAAUUGGUGGACGCUAUACGCGCAGUAAUAAUUGUUUGUUCUUGAUUAGUUAGUCUUAAAAAGUGUUUAUAAACGGCGUUUGGAAAAUUCUACACUUUGUUUUGAAGGUUUCGACUAAAUUAUUUGCCUAAACUACAUGAACUUUCAACUACUUACUGGCACCGUGGGCUUACCAGCCAGAAAUGGCGUUCCUAAUUUUUAUUUUUAACUUUUUUUUCUCCAUAAAGUGGCUGAUUGAAUCGGAGUCUUAAAACUAUUUAGUUUAUUCAUACACAUUCGCCUAACGCAGAGGCCCUACAUUCUGCGACUACGACUUGCGUUCUGCAGCUGCGAAAAAAAAUCGUGCAGCGACCGAGAACGUUUUGCUGAUUUGAAACAGAAAUGCAAAAUUGUGCCAUUGCAACGGACCGCGAAUGACUUUCCGUUCGGGUAGUAUCUUUCCGGACAAUAAGCCGGGUUCAGACUAUGGUCAAUACUUCGAUGGUCGAGGUUCUAUAUAUUUAUCCCAUUUUGUUUCAAUCAAUUGUUUGUUUUAUUUUCUUAUUCUACCAAGCACAUUUGAAUAUGUGUAACAAGCGAUUCGUCUGUUGAGUUUAUAUUUUCACACGUUUUUAUAUAAAUUGGGAAUUUUCACGAAACUAUUUAAAUAUUUAUUAUAGAUCCUUUCAUUUCUUACACGCGCUCACAUUAUUUUCGAGUCAUAAAAUUGUUGGCUUUGAUUUCCAAAGAAAAUAUAAUUAGAAAUGAGAUAAAUAUCUUUUAAGAUACUUUAAUUAAAGUUGCUCAUUUAUCAUAUUUGUAGUAAGACGCAAUUAUAUGUAGAUUUCCACAAUGUAAGUAAAGUGAACAAAAGCUGUUCUCAACUAAACAUUGAAUUAACAUGAGCUUUUUAUACACGGGAGCACACAUUAAGUUGUUUUCAUUAUUUUGAAUGAAAUAACAAGCGCUAUUUAGAUAUAAACGAGACGAGCGUACUGAGGAUAUUUGCAGUGCUAAUAAUCAUGUUGUCAGAUUUGUUCAAAUAAAAUCUAAAUGCGGGACAGUAACGACCAUAAUAAAAGGUCGCCAAAUAUUAGCUCCCGAAAUUGCGUGCGAGUCUCUCUUUAAGAGUCCGGGACAGGACUUAAUCUCCUUCCCUCUCGACGGACCCGGUGGUCUUUGUCACAUUGCAUAACUUUUAUAUGAAUAUAAAAACAUAAACAUAGUAACUAGCACAUCUAUAUAAAUCUAUAUAAUGAACAAAGCUGAUCUAUAUACGGUGAAAAUUGGUGAAGUAUAAAUAAUCAAACAGUUCUAUUACACCUGUUGCUUGUAUUUUAUGGUGAUUUUCUUAAUCUUCGUAAUAUGUCAAAAUUAAUUUACAAGUCUUUUUCAUUUAAACGAAGAAAAUAAUAUAGAUGCAAACUAAAACUGUAAGCGAUUCCAACCACAACAUACGUUUCGACAAAAUCUUUUGAAGCCUGAUAUUUCGUAGCAAACGUUCUGGAGAGUGGUUUUCUCUUUUCUGCUCCUAUCUAAAUUGACCACUGCUGUUCGUGACUGCUGCUAAAAUUUUGGGUUUUUCUGCACUACCACCACUUGUACUGGCCAAUUAUGGUCCACUAUUAUGAACCAACUACGUGUACAUACAUACAUACAUACAUACAUACACGUGCAUUCUAUAUCGUUACAGACGCAUCUAUUUCAGCUAUCAAAUUGAAUGUCAGUUCUUGACUAAUUUCUUUGUUCGUUUAACUUUUUUUUUAAUUUCAAUUUUCUCUGACUGUACUAUGAAUAUAUAAUACUAGAAUAUAAGUUGAUCCUUUCAAAAUAACAAUAAAUGCACACGU